AUGCGUCUGCUGUGGGUUACACUGCUCCUCCUUCAUCAAGGAUAUACGCUGGUUCCAGUGACCACGGGUCAACUUGGUGAAACUGUGACUUUGACCUGUACUAUGCCAGAUGAAGAGCAGAGUAGUACUGCUCUCCACUGGUACAAGCAGGGUGCAGAAGAUACUCUGAAACUGAUUGCAAAGCAAGUGAAAAACAAGAUUCCUGAGUCUGUACCAGCAGAUUUUAUCUCACGACUGAAUGUAACGUAUGAUGGAAAAAUCAGCCACCUGACCAUUUUCAAGACGAUUCAAGACGAUGAAGGAAUGUAUCACUGUGCUAAGAUCGACUGGACUAAGAAUACGUGGAACGGGAUGUAUUUGUCAUUAAAAGGGAACAGUGAGAGGACGUCAAACUAUACUGUUGUUCAGACAGCAUCAGAUCCAGCCCGUCCAGGAGACUCAGUGACUCUGCAGUGUUCAGUCUUCUCUGACUCUGAGAAUAAGACCUGUCCAAGAAAUCUCAGUGCAUUCUGGUUCAAAACUGGAUCAGAUAAAUCUCUUCCACAGAUCAUCUACACUGAUGGAAACAUACAUAAUGAAUGUGACAAGAGAUCUCACCCUCAGAAGAAAUGUGUUUAUAAUUUCUAUAAGAACAUCAGCUCCUCUGAUGAUGGGAUUUAUUACUGCGCUGUGGCCACAUGUGGAGAGAUUUUAUUUGGAGAUGGAACUAAACUGGUAACUGCACCACCAGCAGCAUAUGGAUUUAUUGCAUUGGUGGUCUCUGUAACCUGCUUGGUCAUUUCUGUGAUCAUAAACAUUGUUUUAAUCUGUUACCGAAGAAGAGCAGCAUGCAGACAACUGAAGGGACAAAAAAGAACCACUUCACAUGCAAGACAUGACAACUUAAGUCAAACUGGAGAUGAUACCACUGAAGGUGGACAGGACCUGAACUACGCUGCUUUACGUUUCUCUGGAGGAAAAGCUUCAAGAGGAAAGAAGAAAAAAAAAGUAUCGACUGAAGACAGUGACAAAAUGAAUCCUAUGGAUCCAUCCACACCAAGAGCCAACCAAACCCGUGACCUCAAAGGUCAUCACUAUGGGAAUGACCCAGAUCAGGGCAGACCGGGCCCACACCACAGCCAUAUUUCUGCAGUACAGGGCCCCGAUUACCCUGACAAGUACAAUCCCCAUGGCAACGACCGCACAGUCAGCAGGCAUAGCUCCCAGUGCAGUGAACCCCUAUGA